CUCUACUCAAACUUGUCAUGGCUGCAUCCACUCGUCUACAAGACAAAGUUGCCAUCGUCACCGGCGCUUCGUCGGGGCUGGGCCGCGCCAUUGCCAUUCGCUACGCGCGAGAGGGAGCAAAAGUGGUCUGUGCCGACCUGUCACCAGGUGCGCGUUCCCAGGUCCCAGAGGAAUCCGGGGAAACCACCCACGACUUAAUCAAAAAGGCGGGAGGGCAGGCCAUAUUUGUCCAGGCCGACGUUGGAGACGCGGGGCAGAUGGAGGGUUUAGUCCGGGCGACCGUGAAAGAAUACGGGAGAUUGGAUAUUUUGGUGAAUAAUGCCGGGAUUAGCAUCGAGGCACGGUCACCGGCUGUGCUGCAUCUCACCGACGAAGCGACGUGGGAUACGACGAUGCGGGUAAACACGAAAUCGGUCUUUCUCGGCUGCAAAUAUGCUAUCACCCAAAUGCUUGAGCAAGAACCUCACCCAUCAGGAGACCGGGGAUGGAUCGUCAACAUUUCCUCCAUCAUGGGGAUGAUCGCAGGGCCAAUGAAUCCCUCGUACUGUGCUUCCAAGGGAGCUGUGAGCCAGCUUACUAGGCAGAUAGCACUGGAUUAUGCGCCACACAGGAUCCAUGCCAAUGCUAUAUGCCCCGGUUACGUACAAACAGCUAUUUUCAAAGAGACCACUGCGAAUCUCUCCGCAUGGGAUGACCUCAAACGCCGGCAUCCUUUCAAUGGACCGGGUCUGCCGGACGAUAUUGCAAAGAUUGCCGUUGUGCUGGCUAGUGAUGACGCGAGCUGGAUGACCGGGUCUUGUGUACCGGUCGAUGGUGGAUAUACAGCGCGUUAAUUUACUAAGCACUAGAUUUGAAUGUUAGAGGCCAAGGGGAUCAAGCCUUGGAUGAGGAGGUCUUAGGCCCAGAAGGGAACUAGGCAGUACCCCGAGGGUCACUCUAAGUUGGGUGUCCCAGCUUCACAUACUACGUACAAAAGUAAUGUAGAAGGAAUUCAGCGCAACCAUCACGGAAACGCUUUGAAAUAUGUUUCUCGUCAAAUGCGACGGCUUGACGUUCGGUCGGUGCGGAACUUACGCUCAGUACAUAGGGAGUUUGGGAAUUUAGCAAGAACCG